AAGAGCUUGAAAAGGGGGAUCUUGUUACGUUUAAACGAAAAUGGUAUUAUCACUGGGCUGUUUAUAUAGGGGACUCUAAAAUUAUCCAUUUGUCUGGGGAUGAGCCGAUUACAAAAGCUAUGAAGUUAAUACAUAUUUUCUCAAUCUCCGGGGUACCUUUCUCUAAAGGAUGGGUAAAACUUGACGAUUUCUGGAAGGUUGCAUUUGAUAGCAGAGCAGACAAAAACAAUAAAAAAGAUCAAUUGUUAACACCAAAGCCGGUUGGAGAGAUUGUAAAUACAGCCAAGGGAAUGCUCGGGAAGAUAGGUUACAAUAUUCUUUGGAACAAUUGUGAACACUUUGCGAGCAAAUGUAGAUAUGGAACUAAGAGAAGUGAUCAGGUAAUUUUUGGUGUAUGGUGUACCAUUGGGAUAUUUGCAUUUGCUGUCCUUGCAAAAAUACUUCAAGAUAUGUACAAUCAUAGCUGAACAGAAUAUAGGAUGGAACUGAAAUUAUAACUGGAAGAAUAUCGCCUACGGAAGAAUUAACGUUUGUGUUGUUUGUUUUUUGUUCAAAAUCUUUUGUUUUUAGAUAUUUGGUGUUGGGCUGUUUUCACUAUAUUGGAAACAUAUUGUUAAUAACGUUUUUAUUUUGCUUUACAGUAAGCUUCAGAGAUUUUAUUUUUAUUCUAGAUGCAUUUUUGUUGGUAUGAAUUAAGCUUCAGAUACAUUUAUUUGUAAUAAAAACACAUCACAUUCAAAUUAUCAUUCCAACCUUUGCAAUAAAGACAAAGUUUAUUAUUAAUUAUUGCAGUUUCUUUUAAAGAAGAUGAUUUCUUUUGACGAAUGCAUAGAAUCUAAUACAUUCUGAAUUUCUUAAUAAGAAAAUUCUAAGAUAUUUAAACUUCCCAUAAAAAUAUCAUCUUUGUGAACACAUUUGCCAUAUUCCCUUUACAAUUUUCUUUUCAAAUUGUGACAAAUUCAUUCUUAUCUGGUUUUAGCUCAAUCAAACCGAGCCUGCAACAUUUUCUAUUUGCCGUGUAAGGCUUUCUUUAUGGCCUCUUAUUUUCUUUAUUUUAGGGUUUGGUUCUAAGGUGUUUGUGUAAUAUUGGUAGAGUUUUGAACGACUCAUUUGCGUGUGCUUUAUUAUCUGUAUACUUUUUCCCUUUUAAUGUUUCAUGAAGCAAUAUAUAGAAAGAUUGAAGGUUAAUUUACGCCCAUGAGUCCACCUUACUUUCAUUAGCUUAUUUUAUUGUCAUUUUGAGGAAACAUGAUCGUGUCGAAUGUUCAGUUAGAACAUACAAUCCCUGAUUUGAAAUGAUCUUAACCAUUAGGUCAUUCUGACAGGGAACUUAAGACACAUAACAUUUGUUUACAAUUCAUGUGGAUUUUGAAAUAAAAUUCUUCUUCUUCUUUGAAUAUUAACCCUUAAAAUGUAAAGGAAUAAAGGGGCUUGUAACAGACAUUUUUACCGAAGUCCUUUCAAACAAGACUGAAUAGAAGAUUGAAUAUGAAUUUGCUCCAGGCCUGUAAAAUAUUAUAAUUUAAUAGAUGUUAAUAUAGCUUCAUUAACAAGUACAUGAGACAUUCACUAGCAUCUACAGAGGCUCUUACAGGAACAAUGCAUAUUUUGACUUUUGUUUGACAUGUAACAUAUACUUUAGUAACUCAAUGAAUAUCUUCAGUCUGUUUGAUAACAUAAUUAUAUUACUUAGAUGUACACCGUCGAAGGGCAUCUAGCUUUUUAUUUCUUUGGCUUUUCCACCCAGACAUCAUGGUUUUCAGUUAUACUUUGGCCAAGGCCAUGUUUCCUCAUAUGAUACGAGUGUUGUUUGAUCAGGACAGAAGACUAUUCAAUAAUCCAAUAAAGCAGGUCAAUCGUUACAUGUACGUAUGGAAACUAUUUUUUAAGAUAAACAAGCUACUCAGUAGAAGUAUCUUGCAAUAAUAUGUGAAAUAAAUGUAUCUGAAAACUCAA